AUGGCCUCCACAUGGUGCAGGUGUCCAGUGUUUCACUGCCUCCUGCUUCUUCUCUUCUGCUGUCAUUUUUCACAAGGGUUCAGCCGUGCGGCCUUGCCUUUCGGGCUGGUUAGGAGAGAGCUCUCGUGUGAAGGAUAUGCAAUUGAUCUCCGCUGCCCGGGGAGUGAUGUCAUUAUGAUCGAGACGGCCAACUACGGCCGGACUGACGACAAGAUCUGCGAUGCUGACCCGUUCCAGAUGGAAAACGUCAACUGCUACCUCCCUGAUGCGUACAAGAUUAUAUCACAAAGGUGCAACAACCGUACGCAGUGUGUGGUUGUCACUGGCUCUGAUGUCUUUCCUGAUCCAUGCCCUGGCACCUACAAGUACUUAGAGGUCCAAUAUGAGUGUGUUCCCUAUAUUUUCAUUUGUCCUGGGACUCUGAAGGGAGUAGGAGCUGCCACCUUCCUGUUUGAGGCAGAGCAGCAAGCCGGGUCGUGGUGCAAAGACCCGCUCCAAGCUGGAGACAAAGUGUUCUUCAUGCCCUGGACGCCCUACCGCACAGACACUCUCAUUGAGUACUCCUCUCUGGAAGACUUCAAAAACGGCCGGCAGACGACCACCUAUAAACUGCCGCACCGUGUGGACGGAACUGGCUUCGUGGCUUAUGACGGGGCUAUUUUCUUUAACAAGGAGCGCACCCGCAACAUCGUUAAGUUUGACCUGCGCACGCGCAUCAAAAGUGGCGAGGCCAUCGUAAACAACGCCAACUAUCACGAUACCUCUCCUUACCGAUGGGGCGGCAAGACAGACAUUGACCUUGCGGUAGACGAGAGGGGACUGUGGGUGAUCUAUGCCACGGAGCAGAACAACGGGCGCAUAGUGGUGAGCCAGCUCAACCCGUACACGCUCCGCUUCGAGGCCACCUGGGAGACCGCGUACGACAAGCGCUCGGCCUCCAACGCCUUCAUGGUGUGCGGCGUGCUGCACGUGGUGCGCUCCUCCUACGAGGAAAAUGAGAGUGAGGCCAGCCGGAGCCAAAUUGAUUACAUCUACAACACCAAGCUGAGCCUGGGCGAGUACACUGACAUCCAGUUCCCCAACCAGUACCAGUACAUCACAGCCGUGGAUUACAACCCCAGAGACAACCAGCUGUACGUGUGGAAUAACUUUUACAUCCUGCGCUACGACCUGGACUUCGGGCCACCGGAUCCAGCCGAAGUGCCGACCGCCGAGGAUGUCUCCAUCUCUUCAUCCAUACCGAAGACCACCAAGGUGUUCACCACGACUGUGCCCACUGUUAGGGGUCAGGGUGACACAACAGUGGCCGGAGCGGACCCAAGGGAUGGAAGGGAUCCUUUUGAGGACAGCCGGGGCUCAGUAACCGCUGAGCCCACCGUCCCUGAGCUGCCCCCAACACCCAGGCGCUUCUGCGAGGCGACCAGGAGGAGAGCCAUCGACUGGCCCCAGACCCACACCGGGAUCAGCGUUGAGAGGCCCUGCCCCAAAGGGACCAGAGGCAUUGCCACUUUCCUCUGCACCAUGGCAGGUUCCUGGUGCUCCAAGGGACCAGAUCUCAGCAACUGCACCUCCCACUGGGUGACUCAGGUGGCACAAAAGAUUCGAAGUGGCGAAAACGCUGCUAAUUUAGCCAACGAGCUGGCUCGGCACACUCAGGGCCCGGUGUUUGCUGGAGAUGUCAGCUCCUCUGUGCGCCUGAUGGAGCAGCUUGUGGACAUUCUGGAUGCUCAGCUGCAGGAGCUCAGACCCAACGAGAAGGACUCUGCCGGGCGCAGUUUCAACAAGCUUCAAAAAAGAGAGAAGACAUGCCGAGCGUACAUGAAGGCAAUCGUGGACACUGUUGACAACCUCCUGAGGCCGGAAGCGCUGAAAUCUUGGAAAGACAUGAAUUUCACUGAGCAAACGCAUGCCGCCACAAUGCUCCUGGAUACCCUGGAGGAAGGGGCAUUUGUCCUUGCAGAGAACCUGAUUGAACCUGCGAUUGUAAAAGUGCCCGCAGAGAAUAUCAUGUUGGAUGUAUAUGUAUUAAGCACUGAUGGCCAGGUGCAAGACUUCAGAUUUCCACAGACAAGCAAAGGUGGAGCAACUCUUCAGCUCUCUUCGAACACCGUUAAAGUCAACAGCAAAAAUGGUGUGGCCAAGCUGGUGUUUGUGCUCUACAAACACCUGGGGCAGUUCCUCAGUACAGAGAAUGCCACAUUGAGGGGAAUGGGGGACCUGAACAAACACAACCUCUCCCUCACCGUCAACUCCCACAUCCUGUCCGCCUCUAUUACAAAGGAGUCCAGCCGUGUGUUUGUAGCCGACCCUGUGAUCUUCACACUGGAGCACCUGGAUAAGGAGCACUACUACAACCCCAACUGCUCUUUCUGGAAUUACUCGGAGCGAAGCAUGAUGGGAUACUGGUCCACUCAGGGCUGCAAACUGCUGGAAACCAACAAGAGCCACACCACUUGCUCCUGCAGUCACUUGACUAACUUCGCUAUCCUCAUGGCUCACAGGGGGAAUGUGAGGGAGGGGAGCAUGCAUGAGGUUCUCCUAACCGUCAUUACCAGGAUGGGCAUCGCUGUGUCUAUAGUUUGCCUGGCCAUCAGCCUCUUCACCUUCUGCUUCUUCAGAGGUCUGCAAAGUGACCGCAACACAAUUCACAAAAACCUCUGCCUCAACCUCUUCAUCGGGGAGCUUCUGUUUCUCGUGGGCAUCAACAUGACAGAACCAAAGCUGGUCUGCUCGGUCAUUGCGGGAGUCCUCCACUUCUGCUUCCUGGCUGCGUUCACCUGGAUGUGUUUGGAGGGAGUGCAGCUGUACCUCAUGCUGGUGGAGGUGUUUGAGAGCGAGUUUUCACGCAGGAAGUAUUACUACAUCUCCGGAUACCUCAUCCCGGCCGUGGUGGUUGGCAUCUCGGCAGCCAUCGACUACAGAAGCUACGGCACACAGCAGGGGUGCUGGUUGAGGGUGGAUAACCAUUUCAUCUGGAGCUUUAUUGGACCCGUGACCUUCAUAAUAGUGGUCAAUGUCAUCUUCCUGGUGGUGACGAUGUACAAGAUGGUGAAGCAUUCCACCUCCAUGAAACCCGACUCGUCCAGGCUGGGGGGUAUCAGGUCAUGGGUGCUUGGAGCAUUUGCGCUGCUCUGUCUUAUGGGACUUACAUGGUCCUUUGGCUUCUUCUUCCUCAGUGAAUCUUCCAUUGUGAUGGCUUACCUUUUUACCAUUUUCAACACCCUCCAAGGGAUGUUUAUUUUCAUAUUUCACUGCCUCCUCCAGAAAAAAGUUCGGAAAGAGUACAGCAAAUGUUUCCGUCAGUCCCAAUGUUGUGGUGCAAUACCAUCUGAAGGUUCCCAUAACUCAGCUAAGGCAGCCACGUCCCGAUCCACAGCCCGUUACUCCUCUGCUACACAGAGCCGCAUCAGGCGGAUGUGGAACGACACUGUGAGAAAGCAGUCGGAGUCCUCCUUCAUCUCAGGCGACAUAAACAGCUCCUCUACUCUCAACCAGGGGAUGACUGGCAACUACCUCCUUACUAACCCUCUCCUUCGAACCCACGACACUAACCCUUAUAACAACCUGCUGGCAGAAACGGUGGUGUGCAACACCCCUUCCCCACCGGCCUUUCACUCCCCAGGACAGCACUCUCUCAGCAACAGCAGGGACAUCAGCGCCAUGGACACCCUCCCCCUCAACGGCAAUUUCAACAACAGCUACUCCCUGCGCGACGAUGACUACGAGGCUGUGGGCGUCCGAGCCCCAGGUGACCUGGGGGGCCUCAACCUGGAUGAUGCCGCAUUUGAGAAAAUGAUCAUAUCCGAGAUUGUCCACAACAACCUAAGGCCCCGCGGGGCUCCCAAAGUCCGUGACACCCCGAGGGAGAGGGACCGAGCCCUGCCUCCCCAGACCAGGGUGACGGUGGACCGAGGUGGGGGUGGGAGUGGCAGCGAGGAUGACGCCAUAGUGGCGGAUCACACCGACGCCUCAUCUCCCCAAAGAGGAGGUGUGAGAGGAGGCCACACCACCCUGGAGCUGCUCUUGCACCCCCACCAUAAGGAGGUGCUGGAGGCUCCGCUCCUGCCCCAGAGGACUCACUCCCUGCUCUACAGCGCCCAGAAGGCCCCCCGGCGCCUAGAGGGACAGAACGGCCAUGGCUCCGAGACUGUUACCGCUGUGGAGGACAUGGGCUCUCACUCACCCAACAAUAACAGGGACUCCCUAUAUACCAGCAUGCCAAAUUUGAGAGACUCCCCCUCACCCUCAGCUUCACCGUACCCACCAGAGGAGGAGCUCUCCCCCUCUUCUCAAAGCGACAGUGAGGGCGUGUACCAUAAAAGUAUGCCUGAACUCGGCGACGCGCCGCCGUCGCUGUCCUACUACCACAUAAAUCGAGGCACCAGUGACGGUUGCAUCAUUCCACCCAACAACGAAGACUGUGCACAGGAGGGAGAAACGCCCACUGAUGGACAAAUGCAACUCAUUACCAGUCUCUGA